AUGGGUAUCAACCGCGUAGUUCAAUUUCAGUUCAAGUCAGAUACUGGCGAUGAAGCUGUCAAGAAGGUGUCUGCCAAAAUCCAGGGACUCAAAGAGAAAUGUGUGCAUCCUGAAUCCAACAAGUCGUACAUCCGAUCGAUUCAAGGUGGCGCUGAUAGUGCACCUGAAGGCCUGCAGCAAGGCAUCACUCACGCAUUCGUCAUCCAAUUCGACAACACGGACGACCGAGAUUACUACGCCCUCAAGGACCCCGCCCACCUCGCUGUCGUGGCAGAGCUGGGCCCUCUGGUAGAAAAGGUCCAAAUUAUCGAUCUACCAAGGGACGACUAG